AUGUAAGCUGCAAAGUGAUAUUGAAUACAUAAAAUAUGUCUUAAUCAUAAUUUAGCAACAGUAUGGGGAAUUCAUCUGCUAAGAGACAUCCUGUGAGGAUUAUGGUGUUGGGAUUGUACGACUCGGGUAAAACCAGCAUUCUACACUAUACUAAACUUGGAGAAGUUGUAACAACGAUACCCACGAUUGGCUUUAAUGUUGAAACAUUGAUAAACAAGCGGUUGACUUUAACUGGAUGGGAUGUUGGGGGGCGAGAUAAAAUUCGGCCAUUGUACAGACAUUAUUAUUCAAACAACGACGCCCUCAUUUUUGUUGUGGAUAGUAGUGAUGAAGAUGGACUUGAAAGAGCUAAAGAGGAGUUAAUGAGACAUUUGUCUGAGCCCGAGUUGCAGAAUAUUCCACUAGCCAUAGCCUUUCAUAAAUGGGAUAAACCUAACCACAUGACAAUUUCAACGAUACAAGAUGCGUUUGGAGUGUCAGAAAUCAGGAAACGUAGACCUUGUGAGACGUUCGUGACGUCAGUGAUUUCUGAUAAUGGAAUGGAACUUCAACAAAUGUUAUACUGGGUCUAUGAGAUCGUUAGAGAAAGACGGGGUUCUGUAAAAGAGACUCAAUCGACAGAGGCACGAUCUGUAGACUUCAUGGAACGGGCUUUGGCAAAGCUCAGAACCCUGUUGCUUAAUUGAGUCAGAUUAAGACACUUGCUUGGAAAAAAUUAUUGACGCAUAGGGGGACGACCAAUGUAUAAUUCUUAGGAGGAGGGGGGGGGGGAGAGAUUUUUAAAAUAAAUAAUCUGUCCUCGACUGGCAAGAAAAUGAAUAAUCGGUCCUUGGCUAAUGCUUCAACCCCCAACCCCACCCCCAAUUAAACAGAGUAUGGGCGUUUUCCUUUUUAAUAUUUGUCCCAGUCAAACUUUUUUAAGUGAAAAAGAAAAUAAAUAAUCUGUCCUUGAAUGGCAUGAAAACAAAUAAUCUGAAUUGCCAGCCCCUCCCCUUUCAGAAUCAAAUGUUUGUCUCCUCGAAGAAUGUGAAGGUCUGUAUCAUUGUUGUAAAUUAU